AUGGAGAAACAAAUGCUGAUUCUUUUGGUUAUCUUUUGUGCCGCUUUUGUUGCUGAAGGCUUUAAUUAUCAGCAACAGUACUGUCCUUACGGACAAUGGCCGCGAGGGUACUGCUAUAGUGACUGGGACUGUUACUAUGGGUCGUACUGUUUCCGUGGUUACGGCGGCUAUGGAUACGGUAGCGGGAUCUGUUGUCCUAGCAAAAAGAUGGGUCCAUAUUACUGACGCAAAGGAACAAGACUGACUCUGUACAGAAUAUAUAGAGAAUCAGAAAUAAAC